GCCUUGGUUGGUUGUCAAUUCACUCGACGGGUAGCAGGUAUCUUUGCUGCACAGUUUGAUCAUAUAAUUUUGAGGAGAAAGGAUAAAAGGACUGGAGAAAUACACUGGAAGUAGCACAUGGAGGGUGGACUACCAGCAAAAAGCCAUUGCUGGACGAUUCAAGAAGACUUUGCCUGAAAGACAACAAUGGAUUUACAUUUUGGCUUUAAUGACUUCUCCUGAUUACUUUUUCUUUGAAGAAAAGAAUUUGCUUUUUAUUCUUGAAUCACUUUGAAUGCAAAAAUGGGCUGCUCUCCAUCAAAAGGAAAGUUAUUUUCAAAGCCAGAAAGCCCUGUACUUCAGAAGGCUCUCCCGGCUGAAGCACCACUGGAUGCUGCCGAAGGUAGACCUGUAGAGGUGGAGAACAAAUGUCUGAAAACUAUACAGAAAGAAAAUGAACUUCCACUACCUGCUGAAGAAUGUCCGGGCAAAGAGACUGCAUGUUUGGCCUUCAACCAGACAUCUGCCCAAAUGGCACAAGACAUUCAAGAAAAAGAAGUGAAUGUGAUGCCCAAAGAAAUAGUCAAUGAUGUUGUACAAACAGAUAAGAUCAAAAAGCUGGAGAAACGAAGGAAAAAUAAAGGCAACAGAAGGUCUACUGACAAGAAGAGGAAAUCCUCUAUAGCUAAGACAAAAGUAGACUUCCCACCACACAUGGUGAGGGCUCACCAGGCAGCCUAUACCUUUCUGAAUCCAAACAUCUCCAAAUAUGAAACUCUGUUGGGACUGCUGGACCAGGCCGCCCAGACACAGCUGUCCCUCCAGCCCAUGAUGUCUGGUCUAGUGUUACGCUUUGAGGAGAUCAACCAAGCACUGGAGGAGAUGGCCGAGGAGGGGGAGCUGAUGUUGAAGGAGCACGGGGACUACAUGGCCUUACCUUCUGGGAUGAUGGGCCCAACUGUAAUGUCAGCUAAAACUAGCACUGAUAGAGCCAAGCCCCUCGAUCCACCUCCCGAUCUUUUACAGCAGCUGCUCCAGCACUCAACAGAAAAAAUGAGGCAGGUGGCAGCCUCAGUCCAGGCACUGGGUGAGACCACACUCGAGGAGGCGGUGGAGUAUUAUUCCUCCCUCUCCAAAGUGCUGGUUGAGAAGCUGCAGGCCAAGCAGACAGCAGAGAAGAGGUUGGCUCAAGUGCUUGCUCGGGUAGAGGUGGCAGCCAUGAGGAAGUCUAACCCAGAGGACUCGGCAUUGCACAGCGAGGACAGCGGAAUUGGGGGAGAGAACGAGAGUCUGACAGGGUCUGAGAGGCACCGCCGCCACCGUGGGAGUGCUGGAUCAGGAAGUUGUGGAUCUGGGGCCAACGUUCGAGGUGCAUUUGACAGUCUGGCUGGUAAUUCCCCCAACCUGGUAGGCCACAAUGAAGAUGAUGAGGAGGAUGAGGAUGAUGAUGACGAUGACGACGAAGAGUACGAAGAUGAUGAAAGUGACAGGCCUCAGAGGAAGAGAUCGAGCUCUUCCCCACCUGAUCCCAGUCAGGCUCUUCGUUACAUGCAUGCAAAUGAUCUUCAGGAACAGCAGCCUACAGUUAAACGACCCCUCACUGCAGCCAAGCCUGAACACGCUUCAUCCACUAGGUAUACAACUGUAACGAUGGCGCUACAAAGGAGCCAGAAGGACUUGGAUCAGAGAAUUAAAAAGAUGUCUGAAAACAAAGAGCUGGCAGGGCCUCUUUAUAAUGUGUAUAGAGCUGGAUUAAGGAGGCAUUCAUUAAAUGGAUCAGCAGGUGCACACAAAGGCCCUGUGAGAAUAAACCAGCCACCUUGCUCCUUACCAAUGAUAGCACCACAACCACCAAAGCGCCAGACUGUCAGAAGGCUAAUAAAUAGUUUUAGCCAAGGGGUUGAUGGGAGACCAGGGCAGAGCCUUGCUAACGUUCCACCUCAUAUCAGGAGGCCCAAGAAAAGUGGGGUCCUUCUGCUAUCUGACACAGUCAAUCGCAAUGAAGGGGUAUUAGUCAUCAAUGGCAACAAUAACAACAACAGCUGGCCUGACAGCAGGGAUGACCUGGACAUGGACAAUUUACCACCUCCACCUCCAGAGGUUCUGAUGGACAAUUCCUUCCAGAGUACUGAAGGCCUACUGGGAAAUGAGGAAGGGCUGCAGGGAGAUUCAGGCCGGACUCUCCCAGUGAUAAACCAAAAGGCAGGAAUCUCCCAGCGUCUGAAAGCAUCUGUGCAGAAUGUGGAAGUGCUGCCAAACCGAGCAGGUGUGAGGCCAAGAUCGAUCGCUAUCUCACCUGCCCAUCCUGUAAGGCAGGAUGAUGUAAUGGGGGUACAAGAUGAAGAGCAGCAACAAGAAACAGAUGUAGAUCCAGAUACUGAGAAAGCUAAUUGCCUCUACCAACAGGCACGUAAGAUCAUUCACCUGCGUGAUGCAGUAGAAUCUUCUGACAGGAGAAACAUUGUGGAAAGAGUGACUUUACCCCGUCAAGACAGAAUGGGCCAAAGGUGUGAAAGCACUGAAUAUUAUGAGGAUGAGAUGCCUUCUUGCAGCCCUCCUGUGACAGCACCACCUGUCUCUAGAGUCCGACUGCCACCAUCUGGUCCCUCUGUGCGCCACAGAUAUCCAAGUCCGCCAGUAUUCAGACCACAGUCUACAUCAUCUCGCCCCUGUUCUCCUAGAACAAUAGUACGUGCCACAGACAACCCUCCUGAAGAGAUCAUUCCAUCUGUGUCCUUUCGAGAUGCCCGCUCAGUGUUUUCUCGAAGUGAUUCACAAAACUCUCAGGCCUGCCUCUCCUCUGGAAGUUCUGUGCUUCCCAGACCAUGGGGAGAGGCCUCCCGAGGAAGGUUAACAACCAGAGGGAUUGGUAGCUCCACGCGUCGCACCCAAUCAGAACAGAGGCCUAGCAUGACUUCCCAUGCAGAGUUUUGCAAAGAUGUCAGAUCUACUCAGACCAAGGAGAAUGAGCCUGUUGUCUCAAGUUACAGGCCGGGCAGCCCUCUGCUGACAGGAGAUGACGGCCAAUUGGAUCCAAGUGUCACUGUGACGACAGCCUAGAGCCCAGCUGUGAUUGGUUGCAGUUUCAAAAGUAAAAUCCUAAGUGAGAAGGGAAUGACAAAAGGGAUUACGAUGGAUUAGCAGGGAUUUGAAGUUUUCCUCUUCUUUGUUUCCUUUUCUACUAAAUAAAGAUUUGUUCCAAAAGUGGGCUUUAGAUACAUUUAAGAUUUUAAUCUAUUUGGAUGUUAAGGGCCCAAACAGAAUUUGUCACAAUUUUUCUGUAGGGCAUACUUAAUCUGUACUGAAUAAUAUUCUACUUUACAGAAAGCUAAAGACACAUUUUGUUAAAACAGUUAUUCGCACUUUUAAAUCCCCAAAUGUCCUCUAAUUUCAAUAUUAAGACCUGGGAGAAACUUUUGGCUGUUCUACCAAAAUCAAAGUGUUCACUUUUAACUUGCAUAUUCAUCAGUGUUACUUCAUUUUUUAUAUGUAUUUAAUUUUGUGUUUGGAUGGUUUGUAUUAGCGUCCUGUGUGUUUUCUACCUCGACUGUGUCCCAAUAAAAGGGA